AUGAGGGUGGGGCCCCAGGACAGGCCGAGGGCACAGCCUGCGAACCGGGACGUGGCCUCACAGACGCGCAAAGCGCUGGAGCCGGAUCCGCCCUCCCGGCCUCCGGAAGGUGAAAAGAAAUGUGUUUUUGCCCCCGAAUCUCUGGACAAGUAUACGUGUGUCUUCACCUAUGCUUCUCAAGGAGGGACCAACGAGGACAAGUAUACGUGUGUCUUCACCUACGCUUCUCAAGGAGGGACCAACGAGAAGUGGCAGAUGAGCCUGGGGACCAGCGAAGACCACCAGCACUUCACCUGCACCAUCUGGAGGCCCCAGGGCAAGUCCUACCUGUACUUCACACAGUUCAAGGCAGAGGUGCGGGGUGCGGAGAUCGAGUACGGCAUGGCCUACUCUAAAGCUGCGUUUGAAAGAGAGAGUGACGUUCCCCUGAAAAAUGAGGAAUUUGAAGUGACCAAAACAGCAGUGUCCCACAGGCCCGGGGCGUUCAAGGCUGAGCUGUCCAAGCUGGUGAUCGUGGCCAAGGCGUCACGCAGUGAGCUGUGACCAGCAGCCCCCUUGAGGGUGGCUUCCUCUCAUCUCUACUGAAAGGGCGGUGCCCUGUGAGAUCGGGCACAUGUUUGGCUUUCUAGGGGGCACUGUUGGUUUUCUGCCUGGCUGAUGUUGCCCUCCUCAGACAGGUUCCAGGGUGGCUGAGGCCCUGGGACAAAGUCCAGGGGGCCAGGAGGUUGAGCGGUGCUGUGCCCCCCUCCCAGUUCCCCAUCUCCCCAGCACCACCGCCACACACCCCUGCCCCCGCUCUUCUGAACACAGAGUGUGGGUCUGAGCCCGCUGCUGCUUGUCGUACCAGGAGAGGCAUUAGCACAGGUCGGGGGCCACAGCUUCCUAAAGCCAGCAUGUCUCCCUUGGGAUCAGGCCAGACUCCGGAUGCUCCGGGGAAGAGUAGUCCUGCUGCCCUCUGACCUCAGGUUGACUGUUUUCUUACAACUUCCCCAAGAGACCACCUUCCAGACUAACUGGGAAGAAGUGAAAUGUCCUUUUGUAUUUAAAUAAAUAAGAGUUUAAAAGGAA